ACACACAGACAAACACACGCGCACACACAACCAUAUACAGACACAGAGACCGCGUACUCACCUCUGACCGCUCGCGCCCACUUCCCCGGAGCCGACCUCGCCCGCCCGCCGCAAGUGCGUGCGGCGUGGCCACGGGAGAAGCGAGCGGCGAGCGGCCGCGGCGCCAGGGACCCGGCGCCAGGGACCCGGCGCGCAGCAGGAGCGGCGGCCGGGACGCUCCGGCAGCACCCCGUGCCUCCGGCAGCCGCGUCCGCCCCCGCCGGGGCUGAAGGGCGCAGAGCCGCCACCCCGCUCGCUCCCGGGCCCCCUGCCACCCCUAUGAGAGAAGGAGAAGCCGGGCGAAGGAGCAGGACGCUCGGCAGCUGGACUCCUCCGCAAGCCCCGAGCGCCCCCUUCGCCUGCCCCCCUCCGGCGCCCGGGGAGCGACAUGCAACCGCCGCGCUUCGGCUGAAAGGGGAAGGGGCCGGCGCCACUCGCCCGCUCGGAAUCCGGUCCCCGCGGCGGCUGCGCGUCCCGGCCGCGGUCCCCCGGGCCCGGGAGUGAGCAGGGGCAGGAGCGGGAGAGCAGGCCGGGCCGGAGUUGGCCCAGGCGGGGGAGGACGGCGCGGGGGACGGGGAGGGGGCCCCGGCGGAGAAAGAUGGCAAUGUCUCUCAUCCAAGCGUGCCGCAGUCUGGCUCUCUCAACAUGGCUGCUUUCCUUUUGUUUCGUGCAUCUGCUCUGCCUGGACUUCACCGUGGCCGAGAAGGAGGAAUGGUACACCGCCUUCGUGAACAUCACCUACGCCGAGCCCGCGCCGGACCCGGGGGCGACGGGCGGCGGCGGCGGCACGGAGCUGCACACCGAGAAGACCGAGUGCGGGCGCUACGGGGAGCAUUCGCCCAAGCAGGACGCCCGCGGGGAGGUGGUCAUGGCCAGCUCGGCCCAGGACCGCCUGGCCUGCGACCCCAACACCAAGUUCGCCUCCCCGGCCCACGGCAAGAACUGGAUAGCCCUCAUCCCCAAGGGCAACUGCACGUACAGGGAUAAGAUCCGGAACGCGUUCCUGCAGAACGCCUCCGCCGUGGUCAUCUUCAACGUGGGCUCCAACAACAACGAGACCAUCACCAUGCCCCACGCAGGCGUGGAAGACAUCGUGGCAAUAAUGAUCCCCGAGCUGAAAGGGAAGGAGAUCGUCAGCCUGCUGGAGAGAAACAUCACCGUGACGAUGUACAUCACCAUCGGAACCCGCAACCUGCAGAAAUACGUGAGCCGCACCUCGGUCGUGUUCGUCUCCAUCUCCUUCAUCGUCCUGAUGAUCAUCUCCCUCGCGUGGCUGGUCUUCUACUACAUCCAGAGGUUUCGGUACGCAAACGCCAGGGACAGGAACCAGCGCCGACUGGGAGACGCAGCAAAGAAAGCGAUCAGCAAGCUCCAGGUCCGGACCAUCAAGAAGGGUGACAAGGAGACAGAGCCCGACUUCGACAACUGUGCCGUUUGUAUCGAAGGCUACAAGCCCAGCGACGUGGUCCGGGUCUUGCCUUGCCGGCAUCUUUUCCACAAGUCCUGUGUUGACCCCUGGCUCCUAGACCACCGCACCUGUCCCAUGUGCAAGAUGAACAUUCUUAAAGCCCUAGGGAUCCCGCCCAACGCCGACUGCAUGGAUGACCUGCCCACCGACUUUGAGGGAUCGCUGGGAGGCCCCCCCACCAACCAGAUCACAGGCGCAAGCGACACGACCGUGAACGAAAGCUCGGUCACUUUGGACCCUGCCGUCCGGACAGUGGGAGCCCUGCAGGUGGUCCAGGACACAGACCCCGCCCCGCAGGAGGGAGAAGUCAUCUUUUCUACCAACAGCGAGCCGGAGCCCGCGGUGAGCAGCGACUCGGACAUCUCGCUCAUCAUGGCCAUGGAGGUCGGACUGUCGGACCUGGAGCUCUCCACCGACCAAGACUGCGAGGAGGUGAAGUCGUGAACUGGCGAGUGUGGGACACAGGGACGGUAGGACCCACGGGGACAGAAGAGAGGGGUGCCCUGCGACUCGGGCCAGGCUCACACACGCCUCCAGAACACCUCGGCCCCUGCAGGGCGCUCCACUCAGGAACGGUGGCGAAAAGCAAUACCCGGAGUCGGGCCGGCGACGCGGUCUCCCGGCCUCCACGACAAGCGCCCACGGCCUCGGCAGGCUGGACGCCGCCGAAAGCUGAGCUCCCCUCCCACGCGGCCGUAGACACACUCACCCUUCAGAAGCUCCUACCCCAGACGGAAAGGACGCGCUGAGGGCUUCUCGGUUUUCAUUUCAAUUUUUUCCUGGUCUUGUUUUUUUUGUUUGUUUGUUUGUUUUGCAAUUGAUGUUUGAUUUCUUUGGUGGUUUCUUUUUAAAGACCGUGUGUAGUCUCCUUUA